GCUUGGAGAAGAUAAAGGAAUUCAGCUAUAAGAGGAAACAGAAAACAGCAAAGACAAUGCUGCCAGCAACCUUCAAGCUGUGUGCAGGAAUCUCAUACCAGCACAUGAGAAAUAUGACAGCCUUGAGAAGAACUGCCACUGUUGCCAUCACUCAAGAACUGAAGCGACAGCAGCUUACAGGAACAGGGCCUGGUCAGUGGGUCAGUCAAGUGCGGAGAAGAAGCUCAAUUCUCAGUUCUAGGACUGAGGAGCGUCCCUACAGUGAAGCAGAAAUGGCAUUUGUCAAACAGGGUGAGGAAGCCUUGCAAAAAUCCAUCAGCAUUCUCAGUGAUCAGGAGGGAUGGAAGACAGAAAUUGUAACGGUCACAGGUGACAAAGUACAGAGCAAAGUGCUGCCAGACAUUGGGAAAGUCUUUCGUCUGGAAGUUAUUCUAGACCAGCCCGUAGACCAUCUGUAUGGAGAACUGGUGGACAAGAUGGAACAAAUGAAUGAGUGGAAUCCCAGUGUCAAGCAAGUAAAGAUCCUUCAGAAGAUUGGAAAAGAUACAAUGCUGACCCAUGAAAUAGCUGCAGAGACCCCUGGCAACAUCGUUGGACCUCGGGAUUUUGUUAGUGUUCGAUGUGCCAAGAGACGUGGCUCUGCCUGCUUCCUGGCUGGCAUGUCCACAAAAGUUAUGUCAAUGCCCGAACAAAAAGGAUAUGUCAGAGCUGAGAAUGGACCUACCUGCAUCGUGCUUCAUCCAUCUGCUGAUGAUCAUACAAAGACAAAGUUUACAUGGCUCCUCAGCAUUGACUUAAAGGGCUGGCUGCCAAAAUCCCUCAUCAAUCAAGUUCUGUCUCAGACUCAAGUGGACUUUGCUCAGCACCUGAGGAAACGAAUGGCCAGUAAUACAGCUCUAGUUGGGAAAUUCUGCAGUUGAAUGUGUGGAUGUUUAUACAGUAUAUAACCCUGCUUACUCUAAAUUAAGAUAUCCACAACUGAAGAGGGCAUACUGCUAAUGACUGUAACCCCAUGAAAUAAACUGUUGGUGUAAGGUCGCUAAUUUCAAAUACAGCACUGCAUGUGGCACCUUUAUCAAAAGACUUUGAGUUUCAGCCAGAACAUUUCCCUCCUUUGUGAGUUUCUAGUCAUACUGGAGGCACAGGAGCUGUAUGCUGAUAUUGUAUGCAUAGGGACCACUUCAUGCAUAGCAAUAUAAACGCUGCAAGUUCAGUGGCAAAAAAAAAAACAGUUUAAUGCUUAAAGGUAACACUAGUUCAAGUUUCAUUACAUAAACUUUUAUUUUUUAACCAGCUACCUUUGUCCCCACACAUGACCCUUUUCUUUCUCUUUUCUGAUUUAUGAAUGGCAUAUAAUGAAAGAAAUCUGUGACAAGCCAUGAUGUGAAUUUUUUUACCAAGGUAUUAUUAUGGAUUAUAGCAUCCUUCUCCACCUUAGCUUCCUGACAUCAUAUUGUAAAUGUUUUGGUUCAAAUCUUACACAGAGUCUGGGCUACUUACAAAUGAACUUUUCUUUUGUAAUAUUUUUUCAACAUUUCAGAAUUCUUCUGCACUCCAACAAAACCAAAACUUCCAAAUACCAGCUCUACUAAAAUCAGCAAUGUGUAUGGCUAGAGCUGACUGUAAGACUUAUAAAAUAGCAGGCACACCCUCAACAUUUUUUUAUUCAACUGUUUGAUAAAAAUCACUUCCUCAUAAAACAUUUACUUUGAUGUUUGGAAACAACCAAAUCAGACUUUGUCAUAGCUACAGAAAGAGCAAAGUAAAAAUACAUGCUUGAAAAAGAUGUGAAACUACUUACAGACUUUAUAAAUCUGAAACAUCAAUAUGGGUGACUUACAAUGACAUAAACUGAAUGUAAGCUGUGUUUAAAACACUGUUUAAAAACUCCACUGAAUGAGUAUAAACAAAGGAAGUGUAAUCAACUGACCAGGUUUAAUCAAAUCAGAUUAAACAUUUUUAUAGUAGCACAGAAUGAAAAUGUGCUUAAAUAAAAAAAAAAUAUUUUUGUAAUAAAACUUGAAUUAUGUGACUCGUAAAUGAUACACAGCUAUGUUUUAAAUGCACUUAAGCCAUAAUGUUUAAACAUUUCCCUAGUAAAUGUCAACAAAGUAAAACAGCAUGUAAUUCAAACCUGGUAAGUACAAAUAUGCAAGUACAAAGUAAAGUAUAUACUUAAAUAUGAGAUUGUUAGAAUAAGUGGGCAAUGUCCUAUGGCAGAUUCUAUUUUGAGGAAAACUAACAGAAAACUGUCACAGAGAAUUAUGAUAAUCUCUAUGCAGUAAAGAACAAAUCAACUAAAUGGUCUUCUAAAGCACUUAAUGAACUGCAUUAACGUUAACAAGUUUUUUUGUUGUUUACAUUUGAACAGGUUUUAUGAGAUGCUUGUUGGGGAGACCUUGACAACCUAUUAGAAAAGCAAGAAUUAGAAUGACAGAUCAGAAUUGUUGCAAAUUGUUCCCCAUUACUUUAGUUUAGUAUCAAGACUGUUUCUUUCUUAUAUUUAUCCAAGGGACUUUAAACAGAAAGAUGUGAAGUGUUUUUAAAUGAUAGCAUUCAGUUUGUUUCUUUCUAAAUCCCACAUCUUUCUUUUUUUCUAAAUCACUCAUCUUAAGCUUAAGAAAAUGAUGUAUAACCACUGUAAAGUUUGCAAGCAUUUUUACAGCUCUUUCAAGCAUAUUUUUAUUCUGUUUAACUACAGAAAUGGCUAAUAUGAGAGGUUGUUUUUUAUCAUAUGGUCAAAGGAAGUGGUUCUUUAUUUUUUUUUUCAAAUAUUUUUAUUUUUCUUAUUCUCUUGUUAGGAAGAUGUUCUUUAAUUGUUGGCAAGACUGCUUUUGUUUAGUAAAGCACUUUGAAAGACAUUCACAAAAUAGACUGCAAGCAAGUUGUACUGCUACAGGUUAAAAUAUAGAAUUUGGAGCCAAAUAUCACAGGCUUUGCAAAUGCAUAAUCCCACAGGAAUUCAGAUUUUAAGGGAUGCUCCACUGAGUAGUAUUUGUUUCAACCGAACAAAAUAGGAUUCUCAUAUUUUGAUGGUAUUACAUAUUCAUUCAUUCUAAAACGGCAGAAUAGAAAAAGUCCCAAGGAAAUGGUGGCACAGUAAAUGAAGUCCAAUAAAGAAAAACAAUGCGAUGGUCGGAAGCAAUGGGUUCAUUGUAUGAAUUAUCCUUAAAAAAAAAAAAAAAAAAAACACACAGUAGCUCAGUACAUACGUUACUACAUACACAAUAGGCUGUGUGGGGGGCAUUUGCAACUGGUAACAAGCAGCAGGGACCCCAGAGGAAGCAGUCCCUAGAAAAACUGUUUGAGGACUGGCUGAUAGGGUGGAUGAACAACAUCUGGUGAUAUAGCCAGCUACCAGGGGUUAGCGAAGAGUUUGGGAAGUUAGUACGUAUAGCUAAAGGGGGAAACUGAGUUAUCAGUGGUCUGCUGUAUUUUCUGAUUGGGUAGGCAGAGUAAGGGAUUGCUGUAGUGGCAGCACCUGGUGAAGGAUACUGACACUGCCAUGCAGUUUCAGCGUCAACUCCAUGCUUAAGCAGAUGUGUUAUGUGGAGAUGUGUAUGACAAUGCAGCCAUUCCACUGUGGCAGUCUUGAUCAUGUGACAAAGGUCUAGGCUUAAAGAGGAAAGGGGUCUCCUUCAUCUCUGUAACAGCAAUCCUCAAAGUUUUCCCUAUAGGUUCCAUUGCAGGAUAAAUAUUUAGAAUUACACAUGACUCCUACUCAGAAGACAUGUCCUCUUCUCUCUCCAUUCCCAGCAGAAAACAAACAGUAGAUGUUACGGGAUAUUCUGGCAGGUAUAACAACCCUUCACUGCCAGCAACCUUGGAAGGGGAAGACUAUCAUUGAGAGGUCUAAUGUGUAGGGCACAUAAACUAAAAACUACAUGGAAUGAAUGUUUAUGUUUACUGUAUACCAGCAAUGCACAGUAGCAGCUUAUGUAGCUCUUUCUUUCAUGAAGUACAUAAAAUGAGGUGCAGUUUUAUUUCCAAUUUACAUUUAAUCUCACGGUGCUGCAGUUACAUGUUGUCUGCUCAGCACUUCCUCCAUUUUGCUCAGCAUCUAUAACAAACAACUGUCCCCAAAAGUAGAAAUAGGAGCCCAUGAUGUCUCUAUAGGGCAAGGCAGUGGACCAAGGGAAGAUGGAGCAGGCAGAACUCCAUUUUGUCUGAAGCAGUUCCAAUUGUUUAAUUGCUUUUUUCUUCUUUUACUGCUUCUUAUGCUAGACACAUACAAGCAUACAUUUUGAAGGCAUGCACUAUGAUGUCUUCAAGCUCCGCCUUCCUCUGCUUUCUUGGCUGUUUGCCAGCUGGUGGUGCUUGGAGGCAUUCAGAAGAGCACAUCAUUCCCACUCCCUUAAGCAGACCAGCCAACUGAUGCUAAAUCCUUUUCCUUACAAACUCAAACUACUAACCAAACAUAAGUUGCUACUAUGGUGGAAGUAAACUGUCAACCAAUUCUAAAACAACAGUAUAAUGUAGCAGUUAAGUGAAAAAUCAAAGCCACAAGCAAUGUCAUCUACAGAACCGUUUUCACUAUUCCUGUGGCAUUACUGUUAAAAAGUGAGGAGCGGUGCUCUUAGUAGAUAUGUCCUUGUCACGUUUAACUCUUUGUGUUUUACAUCACAUACCUACAUGUGUUCUGUGCCACAGUGUUUUCUGAAAUUACAUUUUCAGCCUGUUAUUGAGGAAUUCUUGUCUUUGUUUCACACAUUUUACAAGUAGACACUAUAAAAGAUAUGUUGCUUGUAGAGUCUGCAACAAAAUAACAGAAUAGUAGAAUGUACUUUCCCAGAGUGUAACACAAUUUUCACAUUUCAGUACAAUGAUAGGAAAAUGUUGUUUUCCUGUUGCUGCACUUUGUACUAUAGCUUGAAUGUGAUUAAUAUAAUUAAAUAUAUGCAAAGCAAAUAUUUUAUAUUGUAGAGAUUAUAUUGUAUAUAGCAGAUGUCUAAAUUGUUCUGUAGCUAUUUAUUCUAAAAUAUAUAUUGUGAAAUAAAUAUUACAUUGAUUAUUUAUUUUAUGGAUACAACAUCUGAAAAAUUGAAACCAAAAUGCAACAUUAAGUUUGGUCACAUAAUAUUUAUGUCAUAAGCCAAGAUACAUUUUUUCUUAUCAAGCUGAAUUUAUAAAGAUAAAAUAUGCAAUCUUAGCUACCACUGAAGAGACUGCUGCUUAAUAAAUGUAAUUCAGCCUUCAGAAAAUAAAUAAAUAAGUGAAUACUGAUUCAA